AUGGGUGUUGGAAAGAGCUAUGCAUUAAUUGUCGACCUUUUUGCUAAACUCCUCAUGAUCUUAUGGGUGGUCUGGAAGAACAGGAACUCCACUUUGUGGCAGAACAAACCUCAGACAGCUCAAGACCUCUUACUCGGAAGUUUUGCUUGGCUAGAUGAUUUCCAAAGGGUGCAUUCCGGUAAUAAAAAGCCUACAGCACCGAAGAAGAAAGUUUGGAAGCCUGCCAAGCAAAGUCGACUGACUCUAACUGUAGAUGCAGCGUUUCUCCCAAACCAACAUCGAGGAGGCAUUGGUGGUGUGUUAAGUGAUGGGAGAGGAAGAUUUAAGGCUGCCUUUGUGCGUCCUGUACCUUAUACAGCAUCACCUAAGCAGUGUGAAUUACUUGCCAUAAGGGAAGGUCUGGACCUACUCUAG